AUGGGACAAACCCUAACCACCCCAUUGAGCCUUACUUUAGACCACUGGCCUGACGUCCGCACCCGAGCCGACAACCUGUCAGUCGAUGUUCGAAAGAAGAAAUGGGUGAUCUUUUGUUCGUCCAAGUGGCCUACUGUUGAAUCAGAAUGGCCAAGAGACGGCACUUUCAAUCUCAAUAUUAUUUCCCAGGUUAAGGUAAAAGUGUUCAGCCCAGGACCACAUGGACACCCGGACCAACGCGCCUACAUUGUUACCUGGGAAAGUUUGGCACGUGACCCGCCCCUAUGGGUCCAGCCCUUUGUCAUCUCUAACAACAUCUCUAACAAACCCCAACCUCCUCUUACCCCUACAGCCCCUAAGGCUCCCCCUCCCCAGGAGAGCCAACCACUUGUGCCUCUUCCUCCUGCACCUUCCCUUGCCCCACCCUCUUCUUCCCUAUACCCCACCAUUCUUAAGGAGAAGGUUCCCAAAGAAAAACCUCUGAAACCUACCCCUGCGCCCCCUCCCGUCCUUCCUCCGAACCCUGACUCUCCCCUCACUGACCUUCUAUCAGAAGAACCCCCUCCUUAUGCAGAUCCAGAGGAUCCAGAGAGUCCGGAUGGGCCAGAGACUGCAGCGGCGGGUGGACAGCCAGCACAAGUCUCCCCAGCCCCUUCACCCAUGGCGGGAAGACUCCGGGGAAGGCGGAAACCACCCCCUGAUUCCACUACUCAUGCCCUACCCUUGAGAGAGGGCCCAAACGGCCGACAGCAAUACUGGCCAUUCUCUGCCUCAGAUCUAUACUAUUGGAAACACCAUAACCCCCCAUUCUCCAAAGAUCCAAUAACGCUGACUAACCUGAUUGAGUCUAUUUUAGUCACCCACCAGCCCACUUGGGAUGAUUGCCAGCAACUCUUACAAACCCUGCUGACCUCGGAGGAAAAGCAAAGAGUCUUUUUGGAGGCUCGGAAAAACGUCCCAGGCGACAACGGGAGCCCAACCCUUUUGCCUAACGAAAUUGACGAGGCCUUCCCUCUGACGCGACCUGACUGGGAUUUCACUACAGCUGCAGGUAGGGGACACCUACGCCUCUAUCGCCAGUUGCUAAUCGUGGGUCUCUGAGGGGCAGCACGCCGCCCCACCAAUUUGGCCCAGGUUAAGCAAGUAAUACAGGGAAAUGAAGAGACGCCCUCAGCCUUCUUAGAAAGGCUCAAGGACGCUUAUAGGAUGUAUACCCCCUAUGACCCUGAAGAUCCAGGGCAAGCUACAAGUGUAUCCAUGUCUUUCAUCUGGCAGUCUAGUCUGGAUAUUAGAAGCAAAUUGCAGAGGCUUGAGGGUCUCCAGGGAUAUACUAUACAAGACUUACUAAAAGAGGCAGAGAAGAUUUUCAAUAAGAGAGAGACUCCAAAAGAAAAAGAGGAAAGAUUAUGGCAGAGAAUGAAAGAUCGGGAGGAUGAAAGAGACAAGAGGAGAAACAAGGAAUUAACUAGGGUGUUGGCCACCGUGGUUCAGGGACAGAAUAGAGAGGGAGACAGGCAGGGAGAACGACGUAGGGCCAAGGUGGACAGAGACCAAUGCACCUAUUGUAAAGAACGAGGACACUGGAUUAAGGAUUGCCCCAGGAGGAAUAAAGGACCUAGAAAGCCCAGGCCCCGAACCUCCCUCCUCACCUUAGAGGAUUAGGGAACUCAGGGCCAGGAGCCCCCCCCCCACCCUGAGCCCAGGAUAACUCUUGAUGUCGGGGGGCAACCAGUCACCUUCCUAGUAGACACCGGGGCCCAGCAUUCAGUCCUGACUCAGACUUCAGGGCCACUCAGCGAAUGAUCUGCUUGGGUCCAAGGAGCCACUGGUGGCAAGAGAUAUCGAUGGACAACUAAUCGGAAGGUUCAGCUGGCUACUGGUAAGGUGACGCAUUCCUUUCUGCAUGUUCCGGACUGUCCCUAUCCCUUGUUGGGUAGAGACCUCCUCACCAAGCUAAGGGCCCAAAUUCAUUUUGAGGACACAGGGGCUAAGAUAACGGGCCCAGAUGGAGGUCCCCUCCAAAUUUUGACCCUCCAGCUGGAGGAUGAAUAUAGACUUUACGAGCCCCCGGGGCAACAGACAAUUGACAUGGCCCCUUGGCUCAAUGACUUUCCAUUGGCAUGGGCAGAGACUGGGGGAAUGGAGAUGGCUAUACAACAACCUCCACUCAUCAUUCAAUUGAAGGCAACAGCUACUCCUGUUUCAAUCAAGCAGUACCCCAUGUCCCAUGAAGAAUAUCAUGGCAUAAGGCCCUCCUACAGACAUUGGGACAAGCAGGCUAUCGGGCAUCAGCCAGAAAGGCUCAGAUAUGCCAGAAGCAAGUCAUUUACCUAG